CCACAUCCUCUGCCUUCCACUCAUCAUCUAUCUCUUCUCUUCUUCUCACUACUACAACUACUUCUUCCUCCUCCUCACACCUGCACACACUUGCACACUUGCACCCACCCUCUCUCCUCCAUCCAGCACCGACCAUGGCCGCCGUCACGGCUGCGGCCGUCUCCACCUCCGCCGCUGCUGCAGUCACCAAGGCAUCGCCGUCCCCCGCCCACUGCUUCCUGCCAUGCCCGCCAAGAACCAGAGCCGCCCACCAGCGCGGCCUGCUGCUGCGCGCGCAGGUGUCCACCACCGACGCCGCCGCCGUCGCCGCCGCGCCGGCCAAGAAGGAGAAGAUAUCCAAGAAGCAUGACGAGGGCGUCGUCACCAACAAGUACAGGCCCAAGGAGCCCUACGUCGGCAAGUGCCUCCUCAACACCAAGAUCACCGCCGACGACGCGCCCGGCGAGACAUGGCACAUGGUCUUCAGCACCGAGGGUGAGAUCCCCUACAGAGAGGGGCAGUCCAUCGGCGUCAUCGCCGACGGCGUCGACAAGAACGGCAAGCCGCACAAGCUCAGGCUCUACUCCAUCGCCAGCAGCGCUCUCGGCGACUUCGGCGACUCCAAGACCGUUUCACUCUGCGUCAAGAGGCUCGUUUACACCAACGACCAGGGAGAGAUUGUCAAAGGAGUCUGCUCCAACUUCCUCUGUGACUUGAAGCCUGGUUCUGAUGUCAAGAUAACCGGACCAGUAGGCAAAGAAAUGCUCAUGCCCAAAGAUCCCAAUGCUAAUAUUAUAAUGCUUGCGACCGGUACUGGUAUUGCCCCGUUCCGCUCAUUCUUGUGGAAAAUGUUUUUUGAGAAGUAUGAUGACUACAAGUUCAAUGGUCUGGCUUGGCUCUUCUUGGGAGUCCCAACUAGCAGUUCUUUACUCUACAAGGAGGAGUUUGACAAAAUGAAGGCGAAAGCGCCAGAGAACUUCCGGGUCGAUUAUGCUGUGAGCAGGGAGCAGACCAAUGCUCAAGGAGAGAAGAUGUACAUUCAGACCAGGAUGGCAGAGUACAAGGAAGAGCUGUGGGAGCUCCUGAAGAAGGACCACACCUAUGUGUACAUGUGUGGACUGAAAGGCAUGGAGAAGGGUAUUGAUGACAUUAUGGUGUCAUUGGCUGCAAAAGAUGGAAUCGACUGGGCUGAUUACAAGAAGCAACUGAAGAAGGGCGAGCAAUGGAACGUGGAAGUCUACUAAUUCUUCCAAUUUUCCUCACAUCUGUUUCUUUUUUUUCUUCCAUUUGUAUCUGUGUGCACAUCUGUGCCUGUGAUCACUCUAUAAUGUUAGAUAGGCGUAUAUAUAUACUGUUUGUCAUGUUGGUUAAAUUCAAGCUUCAUAUAAGAAUUACUACUUAUGUCUGAUCCAAAUACUACUAUGGUCAAGUCAAGAGUAAUAAUAAUAAUAAUGCAAUGCAGUUCACUCAA